AUGGCCCAUUGCGGAUUACUCGAUCGUUUAUUGGCAGAAGGCCGUGAUAUUGCCUUUUUUGCUAAUAUAGAUAAUACUGGAGCUGUUUUUGAUGAAAGAAUUGCUAAGGUAUUAGCUGAUGGAAUUACGGAUUAUAUUUUGGAGGUUACACCGAGAACGCCUGCUGACGUUAAGGGAGGCACUUUAGUGGAAAUUGAUGAUGGCUAUAGACUCACACAACUUGAAUGCCCACAUGUCCCUGAUGGUAUAUAGAAAAUUA